AUGCCCAUCAACGCACAGUCUGCAAAGUCCUUGGACACGGACGUUCCGGACAAGCCCCUUAUCUUUGUCGUUGAGGGGCGAUACCAGAACUGGAUCAAGCCAAUCAUCUUGCUCGAGUGUCUCAACAAAGAGUAUGAUGCAGUCUGCCUGGAUGGACCCGCCACUAGGACCGACUGGUACACCAGACUCCAUCCCCAGAGAUAUGUACCUGCCAUGAUUGAUAGCUCCAUGGGUAAACGUGUUACCUCAUGGGAUAGCUCUCAGAUCCUCGUGUACUUGGCCAGCAAGUAUGAUGUUGAAAAGGCAUGGGGAGGGUCUACUGUAGCGGAAGAGCUGGAGAUUGGAAACUGGCUGACUUUUGAGACUGCAUCUCUUGGUCCCACUGCCAAGUACUGGGUCUGGUAUGCGAUCCGGAAGCCCGAGGACAAGAAUCCAAAAGCCCAAGAAAAGAUGCUCAAUGACCUGAAAGUCCAAUAUGGAAUCCUUGAAAAGCAUCUUUCCCAGCCCGGCCAAGAAUUCAUCGGGCUCAAAGAUCGGCCAACUAUUGCAGAUAUUGCCAUCUAUCCUUUUGCAGACGAUCCAACCAUGGAGCGUAUGGGCAUAGACAAGAAUGACUAUCCGGCACUGAAGGCAUGGAGCGAGAGGUUCGCGCAGAUUCCGGGCGUGAAGAAGGCUUACGAUGAGAUGGACUCUAGAAAAGAGGUCGUCAUUGGAGAGUGA